AUGGUUAUGACAGAGCAAUUAGCGGAAGGAAUCUUGGAAGAGGUACCUGAAACACCUACGGGGGAGGUCAUCCAUUAUAUUCCUCAUCAACCAGUGAUCCGAGACCAGGCCGAAUCCACAAAGAUGAGGAUAGUUUAUGAUUGUUCAGCAAAGACACAUUGUCAAGUACCUUCCUUGAACGACUGUUUGGAAGUAGGACCCCCUUUACAACCCAUGUUAUUUGACAUCCUUCUUCGAAAUCGUAUGAAGAUGUUGUGUAUCACCGGAGAUAUUCAAAAGGCCUUUCUUCAAAUUAAAGUGGACCCAAGAGAUAGAGAUGCCCUUCGCCUUCUAUGGUAUGAGAACAUCGACUCAAGAACGGCGAGGCAGUAUCGUUUCACCAGAGUGAUUUUUGGGUCAGGACCAAGCCCAUAUAUUCUUGGGGCCACACUUCAAAAAGAUGUGAGCCAGUAUGCUGAUAAGUACCCCAGUGCUGCUGAUGAGUUGCUAAAAAACACCUAUGUGGACGAUGUUCAAUCAGGCAGUGAUUGUGUAGAAGAGCUGAUCAGUUUCAAAAAGGAGGCCACGCGAAUAAUGGAAGAAGGAGGGUUUCACCUGCACAAGUGGCACAGCAACAUUCCAGAGUUAGAAGAAUCACAGCGAAUUGAUAAUGAAACCCUACUAUCACAAGCAAGCUCGACUUAUGCAAAGUUAGUGGUUGGAACCCAUUCCCAAGAAACAAAGAUACUUGGAGUACCUCGGAACAAGGCAAAAGACACAAUUUCAGUUGGUUUCAUAAAGCCAUUGAGAACAACGAGUGACGGUCCCCUUAGCAAGAGAAAGAUGUUAUCGGCCAUUAAUGGUGUUAAUGACUUGUUGGGACUUGCAGCACUAGUGACCAUCACGGGAAAGAUCCUGUACAGUGAGGUUUGCCUAAGAAAGCUGAGGUGGGACCAAGUGAUACCAGACGAGAUACAAAGAUCUUGGAAGAACUGGCUGAAGGGAAUGGAGAAGUGUCCGUCAAUAAGUGUUCCGCGCAGUGUUGUGAGUAAAGAUGUGAGAAGAAUUGACCUUCAUGGUUUUGCUGAUGCAAGCAAGCUAGCAGUUUCAGCAGCCGUUUACGCACUUGUAUUUCAUCAUGUUGCUCCAGUUCACCAGAGCCUGCUUGUUGCGAAGUCAAGAAUAGCACCAAAACACCUGUCAAUCCCACAGUUGGAGCUUAUUGCAGCACACACCUUGAGCAAAUUGAUGAAUCAUGUGAAGGAAGUAAUGGAAGGUCAGCUAGUUGAAGAGUAUCACUGCUGGGUCGAUAGUACUAUGGUGCUGUACGGGAUUAAAGGUCAUGGGACGUGGUCACAGUUUGUUCGAAACCGUACUGAAGUGAUACAAGACAAGCAAUACCUGAAGUGGCACCAUGUCCCAACGAAAGACAAUCCCAGUGACCAAGGAAGUAGAGGCACAGAACCCUGUAAGAUGGGAGAGCUUUGGUUUAAAGGACCAGACUGGCUAAGUUGUCCGGGAAAAUGGCCACAGCAACCUCAGGUGUCGGAAACCGUAGAAACAGCAAAAGAGAGUGUGAAGCCUAAGUUCGAGAAACAGCUUCCUACCAAGGAAGAAGAGAAAAAUCCAAUUGUGAAUCAGCUUCUUAACAAGUAUGCAUCCUAUCAGAAGCUUCUGAGGAUAGCUGCCAUUAUGAGACGAUUUAUUGGCAACUGCAAGAGGAAUGAGAAACAGAAGGGACCAUUGACAACUGAAGAAAUACAAGCAGCAGAGAAGUACUGGAUUCACCAGGCCCAGGCAUCUCAGGAUGUCAAGUCAGAUGUGACACUGAAGGAUGAGCAUGGAAUAUUGAGUUGUGUCGGAAGAGUGAAGGAUUACAACACAAUCUUUCUUCCUCGAAGUUGCAAGCUAGCCUUCCUUAUUGUUAAACAACUACACGAGCAGAUGAUGCAUGGGGGAGUCUCGAUAACCUCAUGUCGCAUGCGAGAAAAGUUUUGGAUACCCAAGUUAAGAGCGCUGACUAAGAAGGUGAUACGAGACUGUACGGUUUGCAAACGCUAUCGGUGGAAGCCAUUGUCCACUUCACCUAUCUUGGAGUCUAGAUUGCCACUUUUCAGAACCGAACUAUCAGACCCUUUUGCAGGACCAGUGUACUAUAAGAUUACAAAGUCAAGUACAACAAAGGCAUACAUCGCACUGUUCACUUGUGCUAGCACCAGAGCGGUCCAUUUGAAGCUAUGUCGCAAUCUGUCCGCCACAGAAUUUCAGAGAGCCUUAAAGGAAUUUACUGCCAGACGAGGAUGUCCCCAGACCAUUGUGAGCGAUAACGGCAAAACAUUCGUGGCUACUGGAAAAUGGUUAUCAGUCCUCAAAAGGGAUCACAGCCUUGCAAAUUUCAUGGGGAUGUUGAACCUUAAGUGGAAGUUUAACUUGGCCCGGGCCCCUUGGUGGGGAGGCUUCUUUGAGCGCCUAAUCGGCAUUAUGAAAAGGUGUCUGUCUAAAGUGAUUGGCCGAAGUCUGCUCAGCUAUGAAGAGUUGGAAGAAGUCCUGUUAGACGUCGAAAUCUGCAUGAAUAACAGGCCAUUUUUUUAUCAGGGAGAGGAAUUUGAGCAACCAGUGCUCACCCCAAACACGUUACUUAGAGGAAGGCCAAACCCCAUCUUAGAGGAGGAUCUUGAGAAGAUUGGAAAGGAGGAAGUAACCAGACGAAUGAGGUUUCUGCAGAAAAGCAAAGAGCAUCUUCGAAAGAGAUUCGUGAAGGAGUAA